GUUAGUUGAGCCUGCGACGUAUACAUUUCGGAAUGCAAGUAGUGACCAGUGAAAAGAUGGUGCUUUGAUGGUUGAGACAUUCGUUCCGUGGUCGUUCCUAGCCGACAAACCGUGGUUGCCAGCCAUAUUGUUUUACUGCAGUGUUUGUUUUGGUGCAGUCUAGUCAGAACACGAAGAAAUCCGAGGGGAUCGACACGAAGGAAGAGAGAAGAACUAGAGUGCAGUUAAAGAAACUACUCAGGCAGUGCGCGUAUACGGUGGUUUUGCUGUAUUUUUCGGCAUAAUCAUCGUAGCUCGCGGGCUAAGCCCAUAAUCUGAGUGUCAGUUGUGAACGGGACGGUAAAGGAGAGAAAUGGCCUGCGCCACUCUAAAAAGAUCUUUGGAGUUCGACCCGGUACAUAGUCAUGGUCGGCCUAGUAAACGACGAAGAUGUGUACCAAUGUGUGUUUCCCCCAGUACAUCAACGCAAGCUAAUUCCAGGCCACAGAAUCCUUCGCCUUUUGGCGAAGUAACCCAUAAACUGACGCCUGAAAAAAUGGCUGCUAAUAUAAGAGAAGAGAUUCGGAGAUUACAUCGGCGCAAACAAUUGCAUUUUAGUCCUCAAAACAAUAGUGGUGAUUCUUCAGACAUGGAAGGUCCUGCAAGUCCUUCAAGCCCAUCUGCUUAUGGUUCAAAUUCAUGUAGUUAUAGUCCUAGUGGAAAGGAAAAACCUUUAUUUACAUUCAGACAGGUGGGUUUGAUCUGUGAACGAAUGCUUAAAGAGCAGGAGACACAGAUCCGAGAAGAAUAUGAUCAGAUUUUAAAUAUGAAGCUCUCUGAGCAAUAUGAUGCUUUUGUUAAAUUUACCUAUGACCAGAUACAAAAGAGAUUUGAAUCUGCAGCUGCGCCAAGUUAUCUAUCCUAAAACAAGAUUCUUAUUUAUAAGGACAUGUUUCUGUGAAGAAUAUUAGAUUUCUACUGUGUGAGAAAAUUUUGCUUGAAAUUUAAGUCGAGGUAUGCAGCACCACCUCGUUCAACAACAUCUUUAAAAAAAAAUUCAUACUACGACUUACAUUGAAAAAAUGUCUGGUAAAAACAAAAAAAAAAAAACAAAAAAAAAUUAGUAAUGUAAGUUUAGUAGGUUUGCAGUAAACAGCAAUCAUACUACAAAAAUCUACAGUGUAUACUAUUGAAACUAACAAUAUUUGUACUGGCCGAUGUUAGAAAUGCGCUGGUAUCAGGGAACUGUAUCGAAAUUCUAGUUAUGUACAAACAUGAAUACAUGUAGAAGUUCAUGUAUAUACAGUGCAUGGCUAUGCUUGGAGUUAAGAGCUUGACUUGCACAGGGUUCUGUAAU